GACUUUUUUAUUUAUAUUAAUUUGCUUAUCUGUCGGCCUGAAUUUAACUAAGUUUCUGUUUGGCUGAUUAAUGUGCACAGAUAGAACAUAAUGGCAAAUAAUGAUAAUUCCCCAAAAAUUCCCUACAGCCGAACAAACGAUGAAAACCAAGAUGAGAAACUACUCGAGCCUUUCAAUUACAUCCUGCAAGUGCCUGGAAAAAAUAUCCGAGCUAAACUAGCCGAAGCCUUUAAUCUAUGGCUUGAAAUACCCGAAGAUCAAAUGGCCUUAGUCACAGAUGUAGUCCAGAUCUUGCAUAAUUCAAGUUUGCUGCUUGAUGAUAUUCAAGACAAUUCGAUCCUGAGGAGAGGCAUACCUGUAGCGCAUGCAAUAUAUGGUAUACCCAGUACCAUAAACGCGGCAAAUUAUGCGUCUUUUAUUGCUGUGGAGAGAGCCCAAAAUUUAAAUCAUCCUGAGGCGACUUCCAUAGCUGUAGAGCAAAUUUUGGAACUGUAUCGUGGUCAAGGAAUGGAAAUUUAUUGGAGAGAUAACUUCGCCUGUCCCUCUGAGGAAGAGUACAAGGAAAUGGUCACUCGAAAAACGGGCGGUUUGUUCAUGCUGGCCAUCAGACUGAUGCAGUUAUUCAGCAACAACAAAGACGACUUUUCAAAAAUUUCCGCGAUUUUGGGCCUAUAUUUCCAAAUUCGGGACGAUUAUCUCAACUUAGUCUCCAAAACUUUUAUGCUCCACAAAAGCUUUUGCGAAGACCUAACUGAAGGAAAAUUCAGUUUCCCCAUCAUCCAUGCCAUUAACAGUCAUCCGGAGGACAAGCAAAUAAUGCAUAUUCUUAGGCAACGGCCAAAGGACGUGGAAGUUAAAAAAUAUUGCGUGUCACUGUUGGAAAAGUUUGGAAGCUUUGAAUACACCAGACAAACCCUCAAGGGAUUGGAAUUGGAAGCGCGAGAGGAAAUAAGGAGACUUGGCUCCAAUCAACUGUUAGAAGAGUUUAUUGAUUCGCUGUCCAAAUUGUAACUUGUAUAAAUUAUUAUAAUAAAUAAUUCCACGUAAGCUUCAUGAUCAAACGUGUGAUAUAUUUAUAUUUUA